CACAAUUCUAGCCUCAUGGAAGCAGAAACGUGGCUUGAGGACGGCACCAAAUAUUUUUGACUUGUAUCUAUUUCGCCGCCAUUUCUCCAGGUCUCCACUAUAUAUAUGCAACGUCUUCUUCUCCAUUACCAUCCACAGCUCCACUUUUUCUUUCGAUACCCCCACUUUAUACCUUUUCCAAUAUAACUCUAUAUAACAAUGGGAAGAGCACCUUGCUGUGACAAAACUGGACUCAAGAAAGGUCCUUGGACUCCAGACGAAGAUCAUAAACUCAUUUCUUAUAUUCACCUUCAUGGACCCGGCAACUGGCGUACCCUCCCUAAGAAUGCUGGUCUUCAAAGAUGUGGAAAGAGCUGUCGUCUUCGAUGGACGAACUAUCUCCGACCUGAUAUCAGGAGAGGAAGGUUCUCUUUUGAAGAAGAAGAAACCAUUAUCCAGCUCCAUAGCUUUUUGGGAAACAAGUGGUCGGCUAUAGCUGCUCGCUUGCCUGGCAGAACUGAUAACGAAAUCAAGAAUUAUUGGAACACCCACAUAAGAAAAAGGUUCCUUAGGAAUGGAAUUGACCCUGUUACUCAUGCUCCUCGUUUGGAUCUACUUGACCUAUCCUCCAUUCUAAGCUCAGCUUUGUGCAAUCCAUCAUUUCUCAAUCUUUCAACCUUGUUGGGCACCCAACCAUUCCUAAACCCAGAAGUGCUGAGGCUAGCCUCUACUCUACAAUCACUAAAACAAGAGAAUCCCGAAUUGUUUUUGCAGUAUCUACAGGACGACCAGUUGCUUAGCAACUUGCCACUGCAAAACCAAGUCCCAUUAUCGCAUCAAUUUCAAAAUCAAGUUCAAGAAUCUAGUGCUCCAGUUUUAAGCCAAACUCAAAUCAUGCAAUCCAAUGCAGAAGGGUUUUCAUGCCAAAACUCUCAAGAAAACCUACUGGUGCCUUCAACUAUGACUGAUAGUUUCAUUACGCAGCCAAACUAUAUCUAUUGCAACACAGAAACUGCAGUGCCUGAUACGCUUCCGGAGAACUCAAUAUUCCAAUCAGGAAUCAAUGGAUACCAAAAUUACAGCACUGAAUCAGUUAUGCCAACGCCAUUAUCUAGUCCAGCUCCCUUGAAUUCUUCAUCUACAUUGCUUAACAGCAGCAGCAGCAGCACGGAGGAUGAGAGAGAAAGCUACUGCAGCAGCUUGUUGAAGUUCGAAAUUCCGGAGAGUUUGGACCUUGAUGAAUACUUGUUGUAAAUAAUUAAUGCACUGUAUACGAGAAAGAAACCUACACUGACUUUUGCUGUUUCGUGCUUCUUUUUCUUCCCUUAAUUUUCAUUUCCUUUUUCAUAUUUAUACAUACACAUAGGAGUGCUUGCUGCAUGUGCAGUUUUUGCUCUGGAUUUGUUGUAGUUGUUCAUAUAUAUAUAUAAAGAAUUCCUUGUAUUUUUUUCA